UAGCUGUCAAGAGCGGAGCGGUAUUUUUUUCUUCUUCUCCUCUUUUACUUUUGGACCGAACUCAACGGCUCGUUUCUUGAAACAUAUCCGGAGUUGUUUUUCUUCUUCGCGGUAACGACACGCCGACCGACUUCUCCGGGUUGUUUUGAAAAAGAACAAAACAAAACAAAAAAUGUGUCUCGCGAGCUGUUUUCGGAGGCUCGAGGAGGCUCGCGAGGACCGCCGUUACCGCGGGUGACGCGGAACUUUAAAAAAAACAGGAAAAAGAAAAGUUGUCAAGGUCCCCGCGAGGAGAGUUUUAUUAAUCGUUCAUGAUAUCAGUGCGAGUCGAGUAUCAACUAUGGCGGACGCUUUCUAACUAACUGGCUAGUACCGAUACACCGGAGUUCAAGGAGCCCUCCCCCCGGGCCCGGGCCCUCUCUCCCCGCUGGGUGAUGGGGAACCGCGGCAUGGAGGACCUGAUCCCGCUGGUCAACCGGCUCCAGGACGCGCUGAGCGGCGUGGGCCAGAGCUGCAGCCUCCACCUGCCGCAGAUCGCCGUGGUGGGCGGCCAGAGCGCCGGCAAGAGCUCCGUGCUGGAGAACUUUGUGGGCAGAGACUUCCUCCCCCGGGGGUCAGGAAUCGUCACCCGGAGACCUUUGAUCCUCCAGCUGCUCAGCGCCAACACAGAGUACGGGGAAUUCUCCCACUGCAAAGGGAAGACGUUCACGGACUUCGACGAGAUCCGGCGAGAGAUCGAGGCGGAGACGCUCCGACUCACCGGCUCCAACAAAGGCAUCUCCCCCAUCCCCAUCAGCCUGCGGAUACACUCACCGCACGUGCUCAACCUGACCCUCGUGGACCUGCCCGGCAUCACCAAGGUGCCGAUCGGCGACCAGCCGCCGGACAUCGAGUACCGGGUCCGAGACAUGAUCAUGCAGUUCAUCUGCAGGGACAACUGCCUCAUCCUCGCCGUGACGCCCGCCAACACCGACCUGGCCAACUCCGACGCCCUCAAGCUGGCCAAGGACGUGGACCCGCAGGGCCAGCGCACAAUCGGUGUCAUCACGAAGCUCGACCUGAUGGACGAAGGAACGGACGCCCGGAACAUUCUGGAGAACAGGUUGCUCCCCCUGCGCAGAGGUUACAUCGGGGUGGUGAACCGCAGUCAGAAGGACAUCGAUGGCAAAAAGGACAUCAUGGCGGCUCGGCAGGCGGAGGAGAAGUUCUUCCUGUCGCAUCCGGCCUACAAACACAUGGCCGAGAACACGGGCACCCCCUACUUACAAAGAAUACUAAACCAGCAACUGACGAACCACAUCCGGGACACUCUGCCGGCCUUCAGGGGUCAUCUGCAGAGCCAGCUGCUGGACAUGGACAAGGAGGCCGAGGAGUACAGCCGGUACCGGCCCGAUGACCCGUCACGCAGGACCAAGACGCUGCUGCAGUUGGUUCAGCGCUUGGCCGUCGACUUCGAGAAGCUGAUCGAGGGCUCGGGCAACAAAGUCGACACCGUUAACCUGUCGGGAGGCGCGAGGAUCAACCGGAUCUUCCACCAGCGCUUCCCUUGUGAACUGGUCAAGCUGGAGUCGGAUGAGCGGAAUCUGCGACGGGAGAUCAACUACGCCAUCAGAAACAUCCACGGCGUCAGGACCGGCCUGUUCACUCCUGACAUGGCGUUCGAAGCCAUCGUGAAGAAGCAGAUAUCGAGGCUCAAGGGUCCGUGUGUUCAAUUUGUCGACAUGGUCAGCCAAGAACUCGUCGCCACUGUGUACGAGUGCAUCAACCAGCUCAGCUCUUUCCCUAAACUGCAAGAUGAGACGGAGAGAAUGGUCUCCACAGAAAUCCGAGAGCAAGAGAGCCGAUGCAGAGAUCAGGUCGUUCACACGCGGCCGCAGCAUCAUGUCCAUGCAUCGCUUCCACAUGACCCCUCUGGAAUAUUCACGUGUGUGUGUGUGUGUGUCCAGGUCACGCUGCUCAUUGACAUGCAGCUCGCCUACGUCAACACCAAACAUGAAGAUUUCAUCGGCUUCACGAACGCCCAGCAGACAUGCAGGCAGAGCCACAAGAAGACCGCUGCAGUGAUGGCGGGAAACCAUGGUGCGGCGCCGCCUUCCAGACUAAUCGUCAUACGCAAGGGCUGGCUGACCAUCAGCAACAUCGGCCUCAUGAAAGGCGGAGCCAAAGAGUUCUGGUUCGUCCUCAGCGCCGAGAGCCUGUCCUGGUUCAGGGACGACGAGGAGAAGGAGAAGAAGUACAUGCUGCCCCUGGACAACCUGAAGCUCAGAGACGUGGAGAAGAGCUUCAUGUCCAGCAAGUGUGUCAUCGCUAUCUUCAACACAGAGCUCAGGAAUGUGUAUAAGGACUACAGGAGCCUGGAGCUGGCCUGCUGCUCCCCGGAGGAGCUGGACAGCUGGAAGGCGUCGCUGCUGCAGGCCGGAGUCUACCCCGAGAAGGUGGACGGGCGGGGGAACGGGGCCCCCGAGUACUUCACGGACCCCCAGCUGGAGCGCCAGGUGGAGACCAUCCGCAGCCUGGUGGACUCCUACAUGAGCAUCAUCUACAAGACCUUCAGGGACCUGAUGCCCAAGACCGUCAUGCACCUCAUGGUCAACGGCGUGAAGGAGUUCAUUAGCUCCGAGCUGCUGGCCCGGCUCUACGCUCUGGGAGAACGCUCGGCGCUGAUGGAUGAGUCACCGGAGCGGCAGCGGCGCCGGGAGGAGGUGCUGCGCACGCACGCCGCCCUGAAGGAGGCCCUCGCCGUGGUCGCCACGUUCUCCACCUCCACCUGCACCACCCCGCUGCCCCCGCCCGUGGACUCGUCCUGGAUCCGGCCGUCCAGCACGACGCCCCCUGAGACGCCCGCGACCACGCCGGGGGCUCGAGGCCACGCCCCUUCUGCCCCCCGGGCGGCGCCCGCCGCUCACGCCGGCCUCCAGCGGCUCGCCAGCCGGCCGCACCGCGCUCCGCCCGGUGUGCCCAGGAGGCAUCCUCCAGCGAUCCCCAACGUGAAGUAGACCGUCCGCCCUGAACUCCGUUACCCAUCAGCCCCGGCGGUCCUCCCAGCCGCGGCCCCCUGACCGGUGUGAUGUGUCGUCCAGCUGGAGCACACGACCCCUCCGGGAGCUUCUGUCUGAGUCUGUUUUGUACAUAAUAUCUUUGGCUGUAAAAGGUGGAAUGUCCUCGACCGUCCGCCGACUUUCCCUCAACGAACUUUGUGUAAAUACGACCUCGAGUUAUUUUACUAUAAGAGAAUUCACAUUUUCACUGUUUUAUGAAUAAACCGGUUUUAUAUUUUAA